AUGGAUCCACCCUCUCCAUGCCCUCCACCACCUACCCGUCACCCAAUGAUAACAAGAAACCAAAAUGGUACCCGCCGGCCUAAGGUCUACAAUGCAACCAUUGCUCCUGAAGAGAUUGAACCAACCUCUUUUACUAUAGCCUCAAAAUUCCCUGACUGGCGCAAAGCCAUGAAUAUUGAGCUCAUUGCUUUAGUCAAGAAUGGAACAUGGACACUAGUUCCACCCACCAAAUCAAUGAACAUUAUCGGCUGUAAGUGGGUUUAUCGAAUCAAACAGAAGGCGGAUGGGACUCUCGAUUGUUAUAAGGCUCGACUAGUUGCAAAGGGAUAUAAUCAACAAGAAGGGUUGGACUAUAAUGAAACAUUUAGUCCUGUAAUCAAGCCAACAACAAUCCGUAUUGUCCUUUCUAUAGCCCUGUCAAAUGAUUGGCCCAUUCGUUAG